AUGCUGACCGAGGCUUCACAGGCGCAUGACCAUGCCAAAGCUGCCUUGGAAGCUACGCAGACCGCCGACUCCACCGUCGCUAUCAACGAGCACACCCUCGCCGCAGGAGAGUUCUCCAACGCCGCAAAGGCCACGUCCAGCGUCGAGGCCCUUCGGACCCUCAGGCUUCUUGAACAACAUCAUCAGAAGCUCUCGGAGCUCAUCAAGUUUUCGGUAGACCAUCCCGGUAAACAUGCGACUUCGGAGAAGCAGGAUACCGAGGCAGGAGAGAAGGCCCCCGCGCACCAAGACGGCUCUGAAGCUCCGUCUGGGACUGUUGCGGGAAGUACAUCAAAGACACCGGCGACCAUACCCGGCUUGACACCACAGCGCCGAUAUCCCCCAUCCCGAGAGCUGUCGUCCUCCAUCGCGAGCAACUUGGCCUCUGCACGGGGCAUCCGUGCCUCACGGUACCGCUUCCAACCACUUGCGCCCAGCGUUUCGAACGACCAAGCCCCCGGAAAUGUCGAUUCGGCCACUCGGAAUAGCGGUUCUCGAACAAAAAUGCAGCACAUGCUCGACAGCAAGACCGGAAAGCCGAAGCCGAGUUGGGUGCCACCGACUCAGCCCCUGUCGCAAAGCUCACGGCCUCCUUUGAUCGAUGAGGCUGUUGAGAACGACUCUGCGCCUGAGAACGCCCCUGCCGAUGAAGGCUUCUCUCGGUUUUACAGCACUUUCGGCAGCAUUAUUAACCGCCUCUCAACACCGUUGGCUUUUGCCGGGCUGCCUCUCAUCACCGAGGAAUCCAACGCGGAGCAGCCCGAACCCGAAGUUUCUCCACAGAAGCGUAACCGUGGCAAGAUUGUACCUCCUCCAGGCGAGGAACCAGACCUGUCCAAGAUCUACUCCAAAGCUGCCUUGCGGGCCGUGCAUCGCGACGGACAUGCCGUGAAUGAUUCGUUCUAUGUCGUGCCCACGAGCGGUCAUACUGUCUCGUAUGCCAAUAUAUUAAACUUUGACCAGAAGGAGAGGAGACGUGCCAUCGCAGCGUCGCUUCACGAUGGUGAUGUCGAGGCGGCUGACGACCCCGAAGAAGAUGAUUUCGUGGAUGCCAGGGAGUCACAGGUGUCCGUCUCUCCGAGCAUCAAACGCCGAGUUGGUAAGAGCCAGACAGAAAGGGAUCUCUACAAUGUCAUCGAGGAGCUCAACACCGAGAAUGCUAGCCUGAAGAGUAUGCUCGACAGGGUCACAAAGCGCUUGCAGCUAUUUGAGGCUAGCGCCCAGCACUCUCGCCUCGCACUGGCGGACAGCAUGCGCAUUGCUAGACCCGGAUCGCCAAUGUCGCAUAGUGGAGGCGCGCAGGGUCAAGUGGUGGAUGAGGCACUCAAGAGGAGGAACCAGGAGCUGGAAGAGGAGUUGCUCACGGCCAGUAAACAGUUUGAGAUGCUUGAGAAGGACAACAAACGGCUCAGACACAAUCUAGACAAGUAUCGCGACAAGUGGGAGUCUUUGAAGGCAGGGGCAAAGGCGCGGAGAGAUGCUGCUCAAUCGACCGACACUUAG